GCAAAAUAAAAAUCAUGAUUGACAAAGACUUUAUGCAGGAUCUAGAAGAUGAGGAAGAGUAGUAAAUUGUAGAGGCAAAAUAAUAAGUUGAAGAAGAACCAACUUGUUCUUUACUGAAAGAUAACAAAUUUCUUUAGCAUUACCAAAGAGUCUAAGAAGUAUCUGCUUACCAAAUCAAAGAUGAAACUAUAGACGCAAGUCAUGAAGAAUAUCAUCUAAUUUUAAGAUCUAAUGAAUAUAGUACAAUAAUAGAUUAAGAGUAUUCAUUUUGAAUAAUCUAAGGAUUUUGAAUAUUCACAAAUAAUUGAAGGACGUAUAUCACAAAAAGUUUCCAGAAUUGGAAAAAAUUAUCAUAAACCCAAUCGAGUAUGUUAAGAUAGUCCAAUUAAUUCGAAAUUCUGUUGAUCUUUAAGCAAUAGAUUUUUCAAAGCUUUUAAGUGGUCAAUAAGUUGUUGCAGUGAACAUUGCAGCUAAGCAAUCUUUAGUAAGUUAGCUUUCAGAGGAAGAUAUCUCUUUGGUCGAUCAAUUGUGUCAUAAGAUUGAAACAUUAGAUAGCUACAAUUAGAAAAGUAACACUUUAUUACAUUAUUAGUCAUUUGCUAUAUUGAAUCUAGAAUGAAGUAUAUAGCACCAAAUGUCUCAGCCUUAAUAGGUACCUAAUUGGCAUCUAAACUGAUGGCUGCUGCAGGAGGAAUUGAAAAACUUGCCAACAUGCCAGCAGGCAAUAUCUAAGUGAUGGGAAGUGUUAAGAAGAAUAUGUUAGGAAUGAGUAGAGCUAUGCAUAAUAGAAACACGGGUUAUUUUGGAACAUUGGAAAUUGUACAGAAAGCAUCAGGGAAAUUGUAGAAUCAAAUAGUAAGGAUGCUAGCAACAAAUGUGGCCAAAGCAGCAAGAGUGGAUAAUAUGAAGACCUGUCCCAAAGGGAAUGUAGGAGAGGAUCUAAGAAUAAAAAUGAUGAAAAGGUAUUAGAAGAUUUAAGAACCUCCCCCUGCAAAAUUAGAAAAACCUUUACCCAUCCCAGAUGAGAACAAGAAGAGAAGAAGAGGUGGAAAGAGGUUCAGAAAAUAAAAAGAAAGAUUAGCAAUGACAGAAGUGAGGAAGUAUGCCAACAGAUUGAAAUUUGGAUUGGAGGCUGAGGAUGAAAUCAAGGAUACUGGAAUUGGGUUGGGAAUGUUAAGUUAAGGUAUUGGUAAAGUUAAGCUACACAUCAAGAAGGAUAAACCUAUUGGCCUCAGUAAGAAAUUGCAAUAAAGGCUUGCAUAAACUAAGACUUAAUCUGGUGGGGGAACAGGAGGAUUAACUUCAAGCAUUGCUUUUACACCCACUUAAGGAAUUGAAUUAGUCAACCCAGAACCUGGAUAUUUGUCAAAGGUUCCUGAUUAAUAUUUCAAUAGAGAAUCAGGGUUUAGAACUGUAUUAAAAAAGGAAAGAGAAUUUGGAAGAUAGCAUUGA